UCUUGGGAUAGCCACAACAGCAAGCAAGUUCAGCCAACAACAAGCCAAGAUGCCCCUCAUUGCACAAGCUCCUAAGCCCCGUGUUAUCCUCGGUCUCAUGACCUUUGGCCCCAACGAGAAUGACGGCGCCAGAAUCACUGAUGUAGACACCUUUAACAAGGCCCUUGACGUUUUGCAGGCUCGGGGCUAUAAUGAGAUUGACACAGCACGAGUCUAUGUUGGUGGUGCCCAAGAAGACUUCACACGCCAGGCCAACUGGAAGAAGAGAGGUCUCACCCUGGCGACCAAAGUCAAGUACCCUUCGGCACUUGGUGAGAACACAGCCGAAAAGGUCAUCGAGUCCGUCGAGAAGAGUCUGAAGGAGCUGGAGACAGAUUGCGUUGAUAUUCUGUAUCUUCACAAGCCCGACCGCGGAGUCCCCUUUGCGGAGACCCUUGAGGCUGUUGACCGUCUUCACAAGGCCGGCAAAUUCGUCAAGCUGGGUAUCAGCAACUUCACAGCUUACGAAGUAGCCGAAGUCGUCAUGACAUGCAAAUACAACGGCUGGGUCCGCCCCACCAUCUAUCAGGGCAUGUACAAUGCCAUCACUCGAAACAUCGAAUCGGAGCUGUUUGUUGCCUGCCGGCGCUACGGCCUCGAUAUUGUCGUGUACAACCCUCUUGCAGGCGGCCUGUUCUCAGGAAAGAUCAAGUCCAAGGAUAUUCUCCCAGAAGCAGGACGAUACUCUGGCAACACGGCUAUGGCAACCAACUACCGAAACAGAUACUUCCGGGACAGCACCUUUGAGUCGCUGAAGCUUGUUGAGGAAGCAGCAGAGAAGGCAGGGCUGACGUUGAUUGAGAUUGCACUGCGAUGGAUGGUUCACCACUCUGGACUCAAGAUCAAGGACGGAAACGAUGGCAUCAUCAUCGGUGUCUCCAGUGUCGCGCAGCUGGAGAACAACCUUGACAACCUUGAGAAGGGUCCGUUACCCGAGGAAGUUGUGAAAGCGCUGGACGAAGCCUGGGCGAUCUCCAAGGCGGAGUCUGUCAACUAUUGGCAUGGUGACUUGAAAUACACAUACAACCCUCUGGAGGUCUUGUUUGGCGAGGGAGCGAAAUAAACGUUGGGAGGGUGAUGGUUGUGGCAGACCUUAGUCUACACGAAAGUCAGAUGACUCUGCCAUGCGCGCAGUCAAGUGAAAGUAUAAAGACACGUUUGACGGCAUAUACUGUUAAUACAUAUGAUGUGAUGAUC